AUGAGCUCUAUUCCAAAGAUCGUCAAUGCUCCAAAGAAGAUCGGCGGAGCUGGACCAUCGAAGCGCCGAAGUCCGAGCACCUCGUUGUCACUGAACGCAGCCGAACGAGCCGAACUGAAGAAGCUCACAGCCCUUCUGCCAUCCGGCCCAAGAAGUGGAGAUGCGUCGAAGGUUGUGAUGCAAGCCGCCACAUACAUUCAACAAUUGGCAGCAACAGUUCAAGCCCGCGUCAAGAACGGAACUCUUCCAGCAGAGAUGCUCCAGAGUCUCCCACCAGCAUUCCAUUCCGUCCGCAGCACAAGAAUCCAAAAGAAACGCAAGUCUAUCGAGAAGAAACGCUAA